AUGGUCGCAACAAAAGACGCAUUGACUACGAAAGUGGCAUCUGGAACUCCCUACCAGCUUGAUAAACCGCAGGUCCUCCGAGCCUCAACCGCGCUGCUUCGUCACAUCAAAUCCCAACAGCAAGAAAAGGAAGAGACAUCAACCAAGAUAACCCUCAUUGGGGAUGAUGAUGACUCCGACACUGAAGAAUCUUCGACCACCAACGAAUUGGUCUGGCUGAUCAUGACGACAAAGAAGCACGUGGUGGACAAGAACCGCCUUAAGCCCGGCAAAAUUAGCAUCCCACACUCCAUGAAUAAAUCUUCUUCGCUAAACAUCUGUCUGAUCACUGCCGAUCCGCAGCGUUCCGUCAAAGAUAUCAUCGCUGACCCGGCCUUUCCGUCUACUCUUUCCUCGCGCAUCACCAGAGUUAUCGGGCUGACAAAGUUGAGGGAACGCUACAAGAGCUUCGAGAGUCGGCGACAGCUGCUUGCAGAGCACGACGUGUUUCUUGCCGACGACCGAAUUAUCAUGCGAUUGGUUGAGACGCUAGGCAAAAUCUUCUACCAGUCCAGCAAGCGCCCAAUCCCUAUCCGCAUCGAGAAAAUUGAUAAGGUUGAUGGCAAGCGUGUGAAGAACAAGUCACCCAAAGCCAAAGAAGAGCGCAGUGCCAAUUUUGCUUCACCGCUGGUGGUUGCGAAAGAGAUUGAGAAAGCUUUGAACAGUGCGCCUGUCUACCUCGCCCCAUCUACCUCAACGGCAGUGCGCGUCGGAACCUCUGGCUUGGCACCGGAGCAACUAGUUGAAAAUGUGCAAGCUGUGGUGAAUGGCUUAACAGAGAAGUUCAUUACAAAGGGCUGGAGAAAUGUAAAAGCCAUCCAUAUUAAGGGACCCACGACAAUGGCCUUGCCCAUCUGGCUCGCCGACGAAUUAUGGCUGGAGGAAACAGAUGUCCUAGAAAAGACAGAGGAGGAGACAAAGGCAGAAGACAGUGAGAAGAACGUGAAAAAGAGGAGGAACCAGGGUGACGAUGUUCCACGAGAGUCGACCAAGAAGACCAAAAAGCUCAAGGCAGCUGCAGACGAUGACGAAGCAUUCAGGAAAGAAAAGCUCCAGAAACGCAAGGUGCAAGCACUGGAAGAAGGAAAGGUUAAGGGAAAGAAGUGA